AUGGCGGCUAGAACCGUUCGAAUUGACGUAACGCGCUCGCUGCCGACUCCACUCAUCGGAAGAUUUAUUGGGCAGGAAGGAAGCGAAAUCAAGAAAUUGUCGAAACAAAAUAACGUCAUUAUAGAGCUCGAUGCUGAUGAAAACCGAAAAAUCGUGUCCAUCGUCGGUCAGUAUAACGACGUCAAAAAAGCCACCAUCGAGGUUCGUCGAAAUAUCACCGAAUUGCGCAAUCGAAACUGUGAAUAUGAGAUGAAAAUUCCCAACGAUUUGAUAGGCAAGCACGGGUCGAAGAUCAAUGAAAUUAAGGAGCGCACGAGUGUCAACAUAAAAAUUGACAAGGACGAAGCUGAAUUCGCCAAUGUCACAAUUUAUGGGAGUUAUUCGAAGAUUCUGACAGCCUUGAGACUUAUUUGGGAUCGUAUUGAUUCGAUUGAUCGCCAAAAUCCGCAUGACGAUCCUUCGAGUAAGGAGUUCAGUGAAGAGUUGAAUGUUGAUUUGUGUUGA